AUGGAAGACGAGACGGAGAAAGAAAUUAGUUCAGAUAACAAAGAAGCAGAAGCAGCGUUACAGAAAAAGCACUUAUCAAUGCUAGAUCGUCUCUCCAAACGCCAACAAUCCCGUUCAACCAACUCCACCGAACCUUCCACCGAAUCAACUUCCUCCUUCUUCUCCCGCUUCUCCCAACUAAAAUCCUCCAUCGAAUCUCUUCUCGCCGAGUCCCAAUCAAUUGCUUCCGAUCCAUCUCAGCUCAAAUCUCACUUCGACAAAAUCUCCGAAUCAAUCUCCGAUUUGGAAAAACUCGUCGCUCAAAGCUCCUAUUUUCUUCCUUCUUAUGACGUUCGAUCUUCCCUUAAAACUGUUUCCGAUUUGAAACGUAGCCUUGAUAAUCUCAGCUCCGAGCUUAUCCCUAAAAAGAAAUUCUCGUUCAAGAAUAAGGCUAGUAAGAAAGAGCGAGAUUCAGUUGUUCCAGAAUCCAAAACGGUUCGUGAUUCUGUUCAACCGAGCUAUGUGGCGCGUGAUUCUCCAGGGUUUAGGAACAAAAUCGGUGAAGUUUUGGUUGGGGAGUUUAAAGAAUCGGAGAUUGGGGAAUUCACGAUUUCGGAUCUUGAUUCUUGUGAAGUGAGGAUAAUUGGUUGCAUUAGGGCGCUUUUCAUUCAUAGAUUGAAGGACUGUAGGGUUUACGUUGGGCCAGUGACGGGAUCGAUUCUGAUUGAGGAAGCCGAGUGUUGUGUUUUCGCUAUUGCGUCGCAUCAGAUUCGGAUUCAUGGUGCUAGAAAAAGUGAUUUCUACCUUAGGGUUAGGAGCAGGCCUAUAGUUGAGGAUUGUAAUGGUGUGAGAUUCGCGCCAUAUUGUUUGAGUUAUGGGGGGAUUGAAGAAGAUCUUUCCGGUGCUGGUCUUGAUGUGGAGACUGGAAAUUGGGCCAAUGUGGAUGAUUUCCGGUGGCUACGUGCGGUGCAGAGUCCAAACUGGUCGAUUUUGCCGGAGAAUGAGAGGGUUGGGAUUGUUGAUAUAUCUAAUUCGGAAAGUAUGAAGGAGGAAAUUUAA